AUGGCAGAUGGUUCGACGUUCAAGCGGUCCCCAACCACACCGUCUACCCCUGGGAUUAGAGAUGGAAUUAAAAGCAAAAAAGUGAAGCGAGAAGAGGAGCAAUCGCCAACUAGACUCAAGAAGAGUGCAGAAGUCUCUGUAGAAGAGAUGACUCGCCGGCACAUAAUAAAUAAUCAUGAAUUGCAAAGGGUGCGAGAGUUGGUGAAGUUUUUAGAAUUGGAGCGAAAAUUCAAAGCCUAG